AUGUUUAAGAUUGUGGUAAUUUUGUGUCGUAUUUAUUUCAGCAAUGUCAUUAGAUGCUGCAUAGGGUUUUAUAUUAGUGGAGACAACUGUAUAGAAUGUGAACCAGGCACAACAGGUAAUAACUGCUCCUUGACCUGUCCGCCAGAAUUCUUUGGAAUUCAGUGUAGAGAACAAUGUAACUGCUCAUCGGACGAGUACUGUGACCCAACAAGUGGCUGUUUGGCAAACAGAUCAGUAAUUACAUCUACAGGUUCAGGACGGGAAACAUCUGAUACAAUGACCAAAAAUCCAAAAGUUUCUGACUUAAAUCACAUUGACAAGACGGUAAUCCUGAUAGUGUGCAUCCUUCCUUUCUCAGUACCGGUCAUCGUCUGUUUUGUCAUUGGCAUGGUUUGUAUCAGGUAA